UCAGGAGAAUCAAUCUGUUUAUAAAUACAUUCACUUCAUCUCAGCAGACACACAAUUAAGUCAAGAAUUCUGAUAUCCAUUUCAUCUACAGGAUAACAGUUGAUAAAUUAAAAAAAUUUGAAACGAUGCGUUUUUAUGCUUGUUCUGUAGCCCUGUGCUGUGUUGUUAGUAUUUGCAGUGGUCAGGAAAAAUGCUGUAUUAAUUAUGACAUCUACACUCAUACUACCGAAACGAUCGUUAGUUUUAUUAAAAAUGGACAUCUUAUCACAUUUGAGGACCAUCUUAUCUCAGUGAUGGACUAUAAUCAGUCUCGUUUUCUCUUCAACAAAACAUUCGAAGGAAUCACAACUCAAAUGUAUAUUGAAGACCACAUCCAGAAAAUCGCGUGGGCUAUUUUUCCUGAUGAAGAGUGUUUCAAGGUAGAUUUUGAGGAACAAUGGGAGCCGCCAAGCAGGUGUAUUAAAGAUAAUGCUCAAUAUCUCGGCCAAUUUAAUAACCCUGGUGAUGUGCUAGUAAAUAGGUGGCAGUAUGAAUAUGAAAAACCAUCUGAUUUAGAGAAUGGAAAGGGGCCAAUGGACUUUACCGUGGACGGGUGUAUACCAUCCAGAAAAUUAGUCGUUGGCACAUGGUCUGAUACCAAAAACGACACCCUGUUUUGCUCCGAAGGUCUUCCAUCUAUAGAGGGUUGA